AUGAAACCAACCGAUGUUUCUAAAAGUGACCUCGAAAAAGUCGUCUUAAAUUUCAACAAAAUAUGUAUACAGUAUUUAGAAGCAAAAACCAUAAAACCAAAUAGGAACCAUAUGUUAGUGAAAAAUGAACAAAAGCUGUUGGAAUCUCUGAAAACUUUAAGAAGAAAAUUGAUACCAAAACCUGAAUACUACGACCUAGUAAGCUGCCUAACUAUACAGAACCUUAGUAGUCUUAUCUCAAAUAAUAGUAUUAAAAUUGUGUUAAUAAUAGUGGAUGUACUGAAAAAGAUUUCUACCAUGGAUGUGUUAGAAGAUUUUGUAUUUGAGAUCGUUGAAAUGUUAUUGGAGGAAGAUAUAAUAUUGAAAUUAAUAGCAGUAUCAAAUCGCCUAAAUAUAGAUGAUAAAGAAGAAUCUAAAGCUGUAUACGACAUUUUUACAAUAAUCGGUAGUUUUGCUCAGCUCGGCAGUGAAAUUGUGGACGAAACUACAAUACACCGAUUUAUGACUUUUUUGCUUACAAAUUUAAACAUGAAAAAGUACUACAGCAGAAAAACUUUAUAUGCCAGUGAAUUUCUCAAUAUUCUUCUGCAGGAUAGUGAAAGAAAUAGGUACAUGUUUAGAAAAAUCAAUGGUAUGGUUUCCCUAUUAAAACAAAUGGAAUAUUAUAAAAAGUUUGUUCCUGAAACUUCUCAAGAAGAGGAGUUAAUGAACCAUAUGUUUAGUUCUUUAUGUAGUUGUUUAGUAUCUGGUCCUUUAAGAUGUAGCUUUUUAAAAUUAAAUGGAGUUGAACUCAUGAUAAGUCUGCUCGAAAAAGAGAAAAUUUUUGGGGUUGUUUUAAAGGUUUUGACCUAUGCUUUCUAUGGACCAAAUGGUGAAGACAGUUGUAAUAGAUUUGUAGACAAAGAAGGAUUGAAGAAUAUUUUUCCCAGCAAAAAAAUAGAGUGUGCGGAAUAUGAGAAACAGUUAACUUCCAUUGCUGUUUCACUGCUAAGAAAUUGUGGUGGCAAGGAAAAAGGCAAAAUUCUUGAAGUUUUUAAAGCAGAUGGAUAUCGAGAAAUUAAGAACUUGUUGGAACUACAUUCAAAGUAUUUUACGAGAGUUAAUUUAGCCGAACAAAAAUACCACGAGUGUAGCUAUAAUGAAGCAUUUUUCAUGGGAAUCGAAUGUGGAUUAAACACACUUCAGUUCGUUGAUUACAUAUUGGUCAACUCAAGUUUAAUGGAUGACAAGAUAAAACAACUUGUAAAAUUAUUUUUCCAGGACAAGGAUGAGUUGAACUUAAUUUUAUUGGAUUAUGCUCAGAAUCUACCUGACGAUGGAUUAAAGGAAUGGAAAUAUCAGGAAAGGCAGAAAAUAGAAGUCAUGCUCAAGAGAUUUAAGCAAACCAGCUUCAAUAACAAACGUUAA